AUGGCUGGUCAGUCCCUUAACCGCAAUUGGGCCGAUCUUCCCCAAGAACUAGUAGAAAUCAUCGGUAAUCAUCUUGAUUCUCGCAUUGAUGUUUUCCGGUUCCGCGCUGUAUGCACUUCUUGGCGAUCCUUUGUUUCUUCUACUUACCGGCAAUCCCCCACCCUUCUGCUCAACCUUCCCGCUCCUAUUUCAGCCGAUGCUUUCGUUUCUCUGCCCACCAUUUGCCGUCUCGAGCGUGUUGAUGAGAAUAUUUCACAGCCUGCUUGUUGGCUGACUAAAGUGGACGAGUCAACUCGCGGCGAAAUGCAGCUUUUGAUCCCUCUUUCAAAUCGUCAAAUUAAGUUCUCUCCUGGUAUGCUUCCAAAUAUUUUGAAUUUACUCAAUUUCCGGUUAGUAGAGAUAACUAAAGCUUGCACUCUUAAACUUGCUACUGGCCGUCCUGUUCUGGGUAUUGAUAAAGCCGUUCUGUUUCCAAAUCCUACUCAAAUUGCGACUCAAUUCGGUAUUAUUGCCAUCUUUCAUGAAGGUAAAUUGGGUUACUGGACAAAUGGUGACGAGAGUUGGACUUUGUUGGAUGAUGCUAAUUUUAACUAUGAUGAUAUUUUAUUCUUCAAGGGGGAAUACUAUGUUGUUGAUAGAAAUGGAACUGUUUUUCUCGUUGAUUCUUCGCUUAAUUUGAUUCAGUAUUCGCACCCUUUAUGCCUGUUUGGCAAUAAGAAGAAUUUAGUGGAAUCUUGUGGCGAUCUUUAUGCUGUUGAUAGGUAUCUUGAUGGAGAACGAAGGAUUUGGCGACGUAAUGAAGAUGCCAAUGUAAUUAAUCAAGAAGGCUCGAAUAAUCGUGAGCUGUUCUUCAAUCUUCUCAUUAACUACCCAAAAUGUAGAGCUAAAACAGUUGAUUUUAAAGUUUAUAAGCUUGAUCUAGCUUUGAGAAGAUGGGUGAAUGUGAGAUCAUUGGAUGAUAGAAUCUUUCUUGUGAGUAAUCAGAUUAGUUUCUCUGUUUCUGCUCGAGAGUUUAAUGUAUGCGAAGGGAAUUGCAUAUAUUAUACGGAUCCUAAUGACGAAGAUUUUGGUGGUGAAUCGAGCGGUUAUGAUGCUCGUGUAUUCAAAUUAAAAGAUCAUAGCAUUGUUCAAGGAACCAGUUCUCUUGGGUGUUCUCCCAUAAUUCAGCCACCCUUUCAAGUUGGUCCACUUAUCAUUUGA